GGGAGUUCUGUGAACUCGGGACCGAGUUCAGCGACACAAUAUGUGCAUCUGAAAGGCACGAGCAAGACCAACCAACCGUUCGCUUAGACGGAACUAAGCAAGGAUGAGUGUUACCGUAACCCUAAUGUCUCAUGGACUGUAUUUCCCAGGCUCAAAAGUCGGGGGGAGGGGAGACGCCGUUUAUGGGUGGAAGGACGUAAAAACGGCAACUGGUGAUGCUCGUUACGACACAAGUGGUGGCGACAAUGUGCAAUGUGCUGACAAUUGGACUGUUCCUCCUAAUCGCCGCUUGGACGACGACUUCGGCCGUCCACAAUGAAAAGGCCGUCUUGCGUGGCAUCUCAGAAAAGUAACAGCAAGAAUAAAAGGAGAGGGGGGGAAAAAAGAGAGGUCUCGACUCGACCCAUUCGAAUCUCUGGAGACUUUUCAUUCAAGAGCGGAAAUUUGAUUCAUUGAGCCGUAACCACGUUACGUAAACAUAGAAAAAGGGCAUAUUUGGCUACCAGGAACUGAAAGAGUGUCGAUGCAUCUUUAAAGCCGUGAAUGUUCGUUUGCACAAAUAGAGUGUAACAGAUACCCAACAGAGAUGGAAAAUUACUUCCCUACGGUUUGCCCGAGUGCUCGACUCAACAAGUAUGUAACGCAAUGUACAUCCGACUGAACCGAAUUCAAUCCCUAUGUUACUGUCCCAAGACUUAUAGCCUAUCCUGCUCGAACAGAAUGGACUCGGCCGACGAGCACACUAUUAAUUUGAUCGCCGACGAAGCUGGUGUACCGCUGACACUGGUCAAAAUUUGCGAACCAAUUCAUACUGUGAGACCUUGUAAGAAUCCCAAAGACUGGAUGUUACUGGCAUUACAGAGCAGGAGAACAGGAAAAUCCCAUUAUCUAGUCAUAUGUCACUGUCCAUCGUAUGCAUAUUUACAAGGUCCAAUCAAACACAGCAUACCGACCUAUGCUCACAUACCCGGAAUUAAUGUUUAUGGUAUGCUCUGCAAUCAAGGACAUCGUAAAGAAAGACAAUGGCCUAGAGAUUUUCCUGCAUUUCCCUGGGAUCAAGUGUUGAGAUUUUCUAAUUCUACAGUUUGGCUUUGAUCAAAAUAUUAUCCUAAUUGCACUAAAAUCUACUAUUUUUUAAAUAAACAAUUUAUUUGUAUAUAAAGAUAUAUAUGUCUGUUUUAAGACUUUAUACAGAAUAUCCAUUUUUGAAGUUUAUAUAUUCUAGUAACUCCAAAAGUAAAAAAAAAAAAAAAAAAACUGUUGGAAUUCUUUCACAGUUUUGUAAUUUUAUACAAAUGAUCAUGAGAAAGAGACUCUAGAAUAAAACCUCUCAAACUCAUCAAUAAGUGAAAAAUUGUAUCUGAUAACCUACAGAAAUGAUAAAUACAAAAUUAUUUGACACACAAAUUAGUUUACAAAAUUCCAUAUAAUAUAGUAAAUGCUUAACAAGGUUUUUCUUUAGAUAUGUCAAAGUAAUGAUUUCAGUCAAGUUUAGACGCAUUUUACUCAUACCUCAAAACAAAAACCUUUAAAAUGCAGCCUUUUUAUUCAUAUUUCAAACGUUUUUGGCCAUUUUAAAUGGUCUUCCUCAGGAACAGAAAAAUUGAAUGAUCCUGCUUUUAGUAAAAGUGUUUUUUGUUUUCAGGUAUGAGUUAUAUUUAAGUGCAAUUACAGAAGAGUUUAAGACACAUUUUAAAUAAAAAUGCUCAAAAUUGUAAUGAUUUUAAUCAAGUAAAUACUACAAAAUACACUGCAAUUAAAAGAAUUCUAAUCUAAUCAACUGUUUGACUUAUAGAAGAACACUAUCUUGCAUGGAUAAUGAAAUAUUACACCAAAAAACUUCAUAUCUGUACAGUACUACUAAUUAAUAUUUAAUGUGAAUUGCAGUUAAUUUCUUUGAUAUGACUAAGCUAUUCCAAAAGCUUAUCUGAAAAUACUGCUAAAUACAAUUUCAUUAUAUUUUGAUUUGUAUGACUUCAUCAAUUUUAAAAGCCUUCUGGUAUAUAAAUUUCUGUAGAAACAGUAGAGUAAGUUAACUUUAAUUAUGGAUGUCCUGUGCACUAGAUAAUGAAUUUACUUUUAUAACAUAUUAAUAUAAAAGAAAUGUAUA